CCAUUCCCUGGGUGCGGAGUGAGGGACAAGGUUUAAUGGCCGAGAGUAUCGCCAGCUGUGCCCCGCAAACCACAGGACGAUGGGUUUCCCCGAUCUGGAGAUGCUGGGACUUGGUCUUCUUUUGGCUCUUUCAAGCGCCGGUCUCCAGUGGUUCUGUCACUUUUUGUCACUCGUGCCCUUGCCAACCUGGCCUUGCGUAAGGUCGCAAACCCAUUCGGUUGGUUGUUUGCGUUCAAGUCAAAGCUCCUCUCCUGUCAUGAGUUCGGACGAUGUUCCCAUGAACGAUGGCGGAAGUCAAUGGGGGCCAAUAGACUUUCUGUGGAGGAUGUGAGAUGACUUUGCGGAGGUAUUGUGGGGAAACAAAGUGGAAUGACAGAGUCAGUUUGGGGUCAUGAGCAACAUCGUGCCAUCUAGCUCGGAAAACGGCCGACUAGUGGGGCCUACGACUUCUACCCAGUUGCCGACAGACCGGACAUCUUGACGAAAGGACCUUUCUUCAAA